CAACUACUGUAAGAUAUAGCUGUGUAAUAAUGUUGAAACUAUUAUGUUUUUCCUUAUUUGUGUAUAGUGCAUCUGGCUAUUUUACGUUACCUGGAAAAUGUCCUGAAAAUGUGGACGUGCCGAAUGACUUCAAACUGGCCGAUUUCUAUGGAAAAUGGUACCAAGCCUACCAUUAUUCCAGUGAUGGUCAAAUGAGAAAUAAUUGCUCUCAAUUAACACUGGACACGAAACCUUCCGGAAUAUAUUUGAACCAAUCGAGGGUAGACAGAGGCCUUUUCCACAGGUACAGCAUAGCGAAGAUAAAUAUACCUACCAGGAUUGAAGACGCAGCUAAUAUGAAUAUUAAGUUCACUUUUAACGAUGCACCGAGAAGAUUGAAAGUUAGAAUAUACCCAUUUCGUGUGUUGGCUACUAACUACAAUUACUAUGCGACCGUUUACACUUGUCAGUACAGUCCGUUGAUCAACAAACAUUAUAUUUACGUUUGGAUUCUCUCAAGGAAUCCGAUACUGAAUGAUGUAUCUCUGGAGUUAGCAGUAAAACCUUUAUCGAAAAUUGGAUUGACCCUCAAGGACAUAGUUAAAGACGACAUUUCAAAUUGUUCUCCUAAAUACUAUGAUGACUUCGAAAAUAAACCGACUACUUUUAAUUAUCCUGUACCUAUAUAAAAUUC